GGGCCACAUGGGCUUUAGGCGGGGCGUGGGAGAUCCCGGGCCUCAGGGUGGACUCGCUGGCUGGUUCCGCCUGGAAGUCGUUGUCAUGGUGGCCCCGGUGGUGUACUUGGUGGCGGCGGCUCUGCUUGUCGGCCUUAUCCUCUUCCUGACUCGCAGCCGGAGCCGGGUGGUAGCAGCUGUCCAAGAGCCUUUGCACAAUGAGGAGGAGGCAGUAGUAGCAGGCCGAGUGGCUCAGCCUCAGCCCCUGGAGCCCGAGGAGCAGAGAACUGGGGGCAGGCCCCGGCGCCGCAGGGACCUGGGCAGCCGCCUGCAGGCCCAGCGUCGAGCCCAGCGGGUGGCCUGGGCAGAAGUAGUUGAGAAUGAGGGGGAGGCUGUCAUCCCAGCCCAAGAGGAAGAAGACAUCGAGAAGCCCGUGGAAACUCACCUGUUAGGGAAAAUUGGAGCUAAGAAACUACGGAAGCUGGAGGAGAAACAAGCACGAAAAGCCCAGCGUGAGGCAGAGGAGGCUGAGCGUGAGGAGAGGAAACGCCUUGAGUCGCAGCGUGAGGCAGAGUGGAAAAAGGAGGAGGAGCGGCUUCGCUUGGAGGAGGAACAGAAGGUGAGCCAGGCCCCCGAUGCCGACUUCUGA